GCGAGCGGCAGAGGCCGGUCCGGCGGCGGCCAUGGACCGCUUCGUGUGGACCAGCGGCCUCCUGGAGAUCAACGAGACGCUGGUGAUCCAGCAGCGCGGGGUGCGCGUCUACGACGGCGAGGAGAAGAUAAAAUUCGAUGCUGGGACACUUCUUCUUAGUACACACCGGCUGAUUUGGAGAGACCAGAAAAACAAUGAGUGCUGCAUGGCCAUUCCUCUGUCCCAGGUUGUGUUCAUCGAGGAACAGGCGGCCGGAAUUGGGAAGAGUGCCAAAAUCGUGGUUCAUCUGCACCCGGCUCCUGCUAACAAAGAGCCCGGUCCAUUCCAGAGCAGUAAGAACUCCUACAUCAAACUCUCCUUCAAAGAGCAUGGCCAGAUCGAGUUUUAUAGGCGUUUAUCAGAGGAAAUGACACAGAGGAGGUGGGAGAAUGUGCCAGUUUCCCAGUCACUACAGACAAAUAAAGGAGCCCAGCCAGGAAGAGUAAGAGCUGUAGGGAUUGUGGGUAUCGAAAGGAAACUCGAAGAAAAAAGAAAAGAAACAGACAAAAACAUUUCUGAGGCCUUUGAAGACCUGAGCAAGCUAAUGAUCAAGGCUAAGGAAAUGGUAGAGUUAUCAAAAUCGAUCGCUAAUAAGAUUAAAGAGAAACAAGGUGACGUCACAGAAGAUGAGACCAUCAGAUUCAAGUCCUACUUGCUGAGUAUGGGAAUCGCCAACCCGGUUACCCGGGAGACCUAUGGCUCAGGCACACAGUACCACAUGCAGCUGGCCAAACAGCUGGCUGGAAUAUUGCAGGCACCAUUAGAGGAACGUGGGGGAAUAAUGUCGCUCACAGAGGUGUACUGUUUAGUGAACCGAGCUCGAGGGAUGGAGUUGCUCUCCCCAGAAGAUUUAGUGAAUGCAUGCAAGAUGCUGGAGGCGCUGAAAUUGCCUGUCAGGCUUCGGGUUUUUGACAGUGGUGUCAUGGUAAUUGAGCUUCAAACCCACAAAGAAGAGGAGAUGGUGGCCUCAGCCCUGGAGACAGUUUCAGAAAGGGGAUCUUUAACAUCAGAAGAGUUUGCCAAACUUGUGGGGAUGUCUGUCCUCCUAGCUAAAGAAAGGCUGCUUCUCGCUGAGAAGAUGGGCCAUCUUUGCCGAGAUGACUCCGUGGAAGGCUUGCGGUUUUACCCAAAUUUAUUUAUGACACAGAACUAAGAAUUUUGUAUCUGAUAGACCUUUUGUCAAUACACUUGGCAUCAUGCCAAGGUCAUAUGACAUUGAGCUAAGCGGUGAACACAAAUAAACCAAGAAUUUGUUAGAACUUCACAGUAUAAUAUAAAACUCUUACUCUUUCCCUAAAAUUUUGGUCUCAGAAGUGUAUUUACAUAUAGGAAAAGGCAGAACAAUGAAUGAAUAUGCAUUUAAAGUCAUGCUGUACUUGUGUAGAACUCUUGAGAUUUAACUUGAAAUAUGGUGGAUUUUAAUUUGAUCCUUGAAUUUAGAUCCUCAGGGCGGAGAAGUAAAGUUGCAUGUUUGGAUCCAUCAGGUAAUCAUUUUUCUGUGACUAAACUUCACCAAAUUGUGAAUGUUUUUCUCUGCAUCUGACGUGCCCAUCUUGGGCAUUCAUGAAGGAAGCAAUAGCUACACUGUAGUUCAAGAACCAAUAACACUGGAAUAAAAGGUCAGAUUGCAGAGUGCCUACCAGGUUCUUCCUCGGGGCUUGGGAAGCAGACCUAGGUGUAUCUCUCCCGAGUCAGAUAAAACACCUUUAAAAAAGGAGAGGGCUAGGGUCUAGCUUACUUGGCGAGCAUUUGCCUAGAAUGCAGAGGCCUUUGAUUUCAGAUCGACCACCCCAAUAAUGAGAGAGAGAGAGAGAGAGAGAGAGAGAGAGAGAGAGAGAGAGAGAGAGAGAGAGAGAGAGAAACUGUUAUGCACUUACUCCUCAGUUAGAUUCUUUGUAGUUUUUAAGUGAUAAUUUCAUGCAUGACUGGCAUUUUUAAAGACUCCAGCAGUAUGAUUUUAAGAAAUGUGGGUUUGGAAACUGAAUUAAGGAGCUGUAUAGACACACCUAGAGCUGUAAUUACAAGUCUGAGAGUUGGACAGUUCUGGAAGGGCAUUAACUGCAUGGGACCUUAAAUGCUCUUCAUAUGGAAGCCAAGGAUGUGAAACAGGAAAUGAGAAAGCUGGCAGAUCUCCUUUCUCCUCACAAGGAGUCUCAGCACUCGACUAGAGAUAUUCCUGUCGUAGUCCAGCCAUUUGCCCUUCUUCGCGCCCUCCAUACUUCAGGUUGUGUGGAGGAAACAUCAGAGAGAAAGGAAAGUUUUUGAUAGCAAAAACUGGUGUUAUCAUCUCUAGAUUGCUGGAAUUAAGUAGGUUGCCUGACUUCAUAUGGAUUGCACAUUGGCAUUACCUCAGACUCAGGGAGUCAGUCCUUUUUGAAGCUUAGCUGGAAGAGGAAGGGGAGUGACAGUGUCGCCUGGGAGCUACAGGGAGGGGUGCCCAGGCACACAGUCGCUUGAGGGCACCUUGUGGAUGAGGUGGAGGCCACUGCAGAUGGCUGUGGAGAAGUGCCAGUGUCUUCAGCCGCAAACCAGGGACCCCCACUCCUGAUCCCUUCCUGGGAAGUGACUGCCCGUUGCUCCUGUCCUGCAGUGUUAAUGAGAAGGCUGUGGCCAAGGCCAAGGCGGCCUCCUUUAGUGUCAUUUUUCAAAUCUGUCACUUACUUUCAAGUAUGGUGACAUCUCCCUAAUCACCUCAUUGUUUAUCUCAGGUUUACUUUAUGGCUACCAGAUCGUCUAGGGAUUGGUUAGACCAUUGUGUCUGUUGGUACAUCUCACCUCUAUCUCGAAUGCACAUAGUCUGUCACGUGACUCUGGCAGACUUUUUUACACACACCUUAUCUGACUGAGGGUCUUUAAGUCAGCCGGUUACUGAUCAUCAGCCCUACCCCUUGGGUUGGUUGUUAUAGGAGCUGCUGAAUCCAGCUCUAAUGGUUUGGAUUCAUCACAAUAAACACAUAAUACAUUUGUUUAUUCAGUGUGACACCCGAUUAACAAAAAUGGAGCAAUCUGAUUUGUAGAAUGUGAAUGAAAGUUGACAUAAAUAUACUUUGAAAAAGUCACAUUAACUAAAAAAAAAAAAAAGAUUUGUUUUUUGUUUUUUUUUUUAAAUCACUGUUUCCAGACCUUGGUUUAUCUGUUUGACUUUUUUUUCUUGCCAAAUGUGUUGUUCUGGUCCUUUUGUUACAGGCUGUGUUUCAAUACAAAACCAAUCAAACCUAGGUGCAAAAAUGUUCUGCUUUGGUGCUCAUCACUGUUAAUUUUUGUCUUCAUGUCGCUCUUAGGAGAAUGAGUCUCUUUGUAAAUUUAUAAUGGAAUAGUGUAGUUACUGUAAAGAAAAAUAAUUUACAUUAUGUAAUCAAUCCAGCUUUAGAUGAUCGGUGUUAAUGUAGAUAGAGUCAAAUUAUUGUGAAACUUUAAACUAAUUUUCUUAACUUGGUGUUCUUUUUAAAAUUCUCUGUAAAAUACAUGAAAAUGAUGAAUGUUUAGUCACAGUAAGCCAGUAUGAGAAUUUUUCUAGCUUAUAAAGCAUUACUUAUGAGUUGUCUUUGAA